UGAUAGUUUUGCCAUCAUUGACUGUUACAAACCUUGUGAAAAAUGUUCCAGUUUUUAUUAUUUUCGUUAUUAAUAUUUUCCAAUGGAGUUCAUGUGUAUUCAUUUUCAAUUCCAGUCGUUUCAGAUAUCCAAGAAAUGAUUACAAUGGCCAAUGAUAUCCAGAGUGUUUGGGCUGGAAAUAUUCCAUUUAAAAAUCUUGUUACCGAAGUAGAGAAUCCAGCAACAUUAGCUUUAGAGAAGCUUGAUUCUCUAUCAGAGCAAGUAUCUAACUUGGCCCUGGAACUCAGUGAUAAAAUGGAUAACAUUGUAGAAGAACUGGUAACAAAGAUUCCCUUGGCCCAAGAACUUUCAGCAGCUAUGAGAGACUUCCACAAUGUAAUCACUCGUGUUGAUUUGCUUUAUGAUGAUUUUCAAGAUUUUGUUGGUGAAGAUGGAUUCAACUCUCUCACACUAAAUUCCCUUAUUAAAUCUGUAACAUCUAGAGAUGCUGGUGACAUACCAGAUGUUGUGAAUCAAAUGCAUGCGCUUUUUGUACCUGGAAGAUCUGCAUCGAUUCGAGAAAGUAUCCUAACUCUCAUGGUUAAAGCAAAAUCUACAUCAGAUGAUGUAUGUAAUCCAGCUUUCUCAUUUCAAGAACGUUUGUAUGAGAUUUUUAACAUCGUUUCUCUAACUGAAAUCAGAGCUUUCAUGAUGACACUGUUUGCUUAUGAUUACCUUGCUUCUACAACGAAUGAGUCGUAUGCUAAAGAAGUAAAAAAAGCUCAGGCGAAAUUUGUAUUGAGAAUGGAAGAAUACAUAUUAACUGUGAGGAAUAAAAUGACAACUGUGUCACGGGUAAUAUUUCCGUGUGAUCCACCAGCUUGGAUUCGAGGUGAAACAUUCGUUGAAUUGGAAGGCUUAAUGACGGGCUACUUGAUGAAUGAAGCACAAGCAUAUUCUGAUGGAACAUGUAGUAAUUCUUGCAGUGAUAUAGAUGCUACGCAGACUUAUGGAUGUUUCACAUGGGCGGUUAGUACUGGCGGUGUUGGUGUUUACAGUACUAGUCAGAAAUUCAAGUAUUGUCCAAGAAGAGAAUGUCUAGGAAGAGCUUAUUAUUGUGGUUCGAUAGGUGAUAGUGUUGAAGUUUGUGAAUAUCCAGGAAACUCACUAAGACGUUACAAAUAUAUAUCAGGUAAAAGUGGUAGUCCUACAUAUGGCUCAAAAGAUGGAGGUUGUAGUGGAGAAGGACUUAAUAAAACUGAAUUAGCCACUAUAACCCCUGGUUUUUAUAAAUGCGAUACUUGUUUCUGUAGAUGUGUAGAAAAAUCUAAAGAAUCAACAGCUACGCGAGCUGUCUCUUUCCUGUCUCAGAUCUCUGACGUUACAAAGAAUAAGGUCGUCACAAACUUUAGGUUUACUGAAAAAAAUAAAAUGAUAUACGUUCAAGUUGAAGAAUCGGAACUUUUACCUCAACUUCGUGUUAAUCAUAAUGAAUCUUCUUGGGUUCCAUUGGAAGAUUACACUUACAGAAAAGGCAAUUUUUAUCGUGUUAGUGACAAUAAACCACUCAGAGAAAAUGUAGAGUUUGCAUUUAUUGAUGACCAACGGAGAACAUUCAAUUUAGAUGAUAUAAUAUUACCAGCAAAUCAUGUUUUAACUGGAGUCCGAUUGAAUAAUGUCAAUCCUAAGGAUGAAUCCAGUCCAAUACAACUAGAAGUACAAGCAACACCUGUCGAUGACUUCAAUGAAGGUAAAAUUGGCAAAAAAGAAUCCAUUUGGAUAACACCAAAAAGUCAGCCAACUCCUCACAAACGUUAUACAGAGAAAAGAACUGAAGUGGACUAUGGUAAAAAAGUAGAUCCAAGAAAGUCAAAGAAGAAUGGUGUGUUUUCGAAAAUAAAUGAGUUCAUCAUGGUUGGUCCUUCGAAUGUGAAUGAUGACGCAGGACAAACUACUAUACCUCUUUUUGAUGCACAACCUGUCGCAGUCAACCGAACUCAGGCAUUAGGUGGUGCCGGAUUGUUCGUUAGAGGUGCUAAAGAUUAUGGAGGAUUUCUAGCUUUCCGAGCUUAUACCGCUAAUCUUGGAGAUUAUAUGAAUGCAAAUAUGAAGAAAAAGCAAUUAAAGAACUUCAAAAAAUUGUAUCGUGAAGUAUUGGCCUUUGAUCCCCCAACUAUAAAAUAAAACCAUCAUAUCAAAUGAUAAAUCAUAUGCUAGAGAAUGUACUGGUAAUGUUUUAAAAUAAAGAGUACUAUAAAACAGGCAA